UGGCUCGAACUAGCACGACUUGGAACUCUUGUGCUCUCUGCAAUGGCCGCUGAGAACAAACCCUCCACCGCCGGCAAGAAACGGAAGCAGCGCUAUCGUCCCAACAAUAAACCAGUGAAGAAGAAGGGCCAUUACCCGUUACGCCCAGGAGUCCAAGGUUUCUUUAUCACCUGCGAUGGCGGCCGAGAGCGGCAAGCCUCCAUUGAAGCUAUCAAUGUUAUCGACUCUUUUUUUGACGAGUUAGUCCAUGGAAAGGGUUCUGGUGUGAAGCUGACAGAAUUAGCUGAUAAACCUUUAAACAAAAAAAUUAAGUUUUCAGAUUCUGAAUCUUCUGGUUCUGAUGAUGAUGGUGAUGGGGAAGAGGAGGAGGAGGAGGUGGGGGGUGAGAACGAGGACGAGAACAAGGAGGUUCCCGAUGAAGAAAGCAAGUCUAAGUCUCCUAAGGAGCAAAAUGAUCCUUGCAAUGAAAAUGAAACAACGGACGUUCCAGAUCCUCAUCAAGGGGACACUGUAGCCACCGAAAGUCGAACAGAGGAAAAAUCAAAUGACAAUGAAAAGGAUAUAAAGUGUCCAGAAGUUCCAUCGGAGGAAGUUGAGGAGCCGCCGAAAAAGAAACACUGCAUUGAAGCAGAUGCAUCAAAAAGUAUUGUUAAGGAGAAGGAGAAAUCCAUUGAUCAAUUGAUUGAAGCUGAACUUCAGGAACUGGGAGAUAAAAGCAAGAGACGUUUUUUCAACCUUGAUUCGGGGUGCAAUGGUGUUGUCUUUAUCCAAAUGCGGAAGAAUGAUGGAGAACCUGGUCCUGAGGCUGUUGUGCAGCAUAUGAUGACAUCUAUUGCUUCAACAAGGAAACACAUAUCAAGGUUCAUACUUAGAGUACUGCCUGUUGAAGUGGCAUGCUAUGCUUCAGUGGAGGAGAUCUCCAGGGCAAUAAAGCCUCUAAUAGAAAAGAACUUUCCUGUUGAAAGUCAAAGUCCUAAAAAGUUUGCAGUAUUAUACGAGGCCCGUUCAAAUACUGGCAUUGACAGGGCAACUAUAAUUAAUACUGUAGCAAAAGCUGUUCCUGAGCCUCAUAAAGUUGAUUUGAACAAUCCUGAAAAAACCAUUGUGGUUGAGAUUGUCAAGACAAUUUGCUUGAUUGGAGUAGUGGAGAAGUACAAGGAGUUAUCCAAGUACAACCUAAGGCAGCUGACAUCAAGAAAGCAAUAGAAUAGGUUAGUUUAGGUUAUCUGGUUUUCAUGUCUGUUUCAGCUUUGGUCGGACGGACACCUUUUAACUUUGAAAUGUAUUAAUCUGCAUGUUUCUUGAUGUGUAGGGUUAGUUUAGUUUAGAUUGGAGUAUCAAGUAUUAAUAUAUGGUUUUAAAUUUCAUAAUAUGCUUAUACUGUUCUGUUGAACUUCUAUUGAGUUUGAUGGAGGAAGAUGAUUGAAAGAUUCAUCAUAUCUGUUGUUGGUUUG